UUGCCUGUAGUCGCAUUUUAUAGAAAUUGAAACAUUCAGCGAAAACACAGGAAUUUUGCUACUUGAUUGUGUUGGAACUGGUUGCCGAAGAGAACAGUUAUGGUGGACGCUCCCAAGGAAAGCGCCAAUGGUGAUGUGCCCAUGGUGGACGCUCCCAAGGAAAGCGCCAAUGGUGAUGUGCCCAUGGUGGACGCUCCCAAGGAAAGCGCCAAUGGUGAUGUGCCCAUGGUGGACGCUCCCAAGGAAAGCGCCAAUGGUGAUGUGCCCAAACCGGUGCCAAAACCGGUGCCAAAACCGGUGCCAAAACCGGUGCCAAAACCGGUGCCAAAAUCGGGGCCAAAAUCGGGGCCAAAAUCGGGGCCAAAACUUAAACGUUCACGCGCCUUCCAGGUCGUUUCAGUUAUUAUAAUAGGUGUAAUUUUCCUGACAAUGGGAACAGCAGUGGCAUUGACAGGACUCACUCUGGAGAAUCUUCAGCAUGUAACCAAUUCAAGCCAACCGAUUACAAGCCUGGUGUUCUGUGGGCGAGGCGGAGGCGUCCUUGCGGGGACACUUAUUGCCGGGCUGCAUGCCUGUGCCUGUGGGGAACGAUUCCGCGCACUUAUAACUGGAGCUGUAUUGUUUCCCACGGCUGUGGCCACAGCGGCUAUUCCGUGGUCCCCCAUCAUCUACAGUACUAUAUUGAUACAUUUCUCGCAAGGACUUGGAAUAGGAUACGUGAAAACAAGUUGUAUAAUGCUGCUUACACGCCAGUGGGGCUACCUCUCUCCCUCUGUCCUGGGCGUUCUCCUGACAUUCUUCAACGGAGGAUGCAUAUUGGCCACACUUUCGACUCUCGUCUUAUUACGAGAAAACAACUUUGGUGAGGUCUACAGCAAUGCAAGUGCCGCUGGGAUUUACGGCUACAACAUAACGAGUGACCUCACCAAUGGAACAAGUAACACCACCAACGCAAACAUGACACACCUAUUCCCUACGAUCGGAAUUGGCACUUUAUUUGAUGCCAACAAUUACACUGAUGGCGCCUCCAACGAAACCAGUGAUACCGAUAAUGAUGCUUACAACGCAACAAAUGGCAUCGCUAAUAUAACGAGUGACAUCACUAAUAUAACGAGUGACAUCAUUAAUAUAACGAGUGACAUCACUAAUAUAACGAGUGACAUCACUAAUAACAUUACCAAGGCAAACAUGACACACCUCUUCCCCAACAGAACAAGUGGCGUCUUCAACAGAACGAGUAUCGACCACAACACAACGAGUGCAGGACACAACAGAUUGAGCAUCAUCUUCAACAAAAUCAGUGCCUUUUGCAACAGAAUGAGUUCAGCUCCCAACAUAACGAGUAAAAUCCCCAAUAGAACGAGUGUCAUCCUGGAAGGUUUGAGAGACAUCUUCAACAGAAUAAGUGCCCUUCCCAACACAACGAGUUACAUCCACAACAAAUUGAGUGACAUCUUCAACAGAAUGAAUGCCACACUAAAUACAACGAGUGACAUCGAUAACGGGACGAGUCACAUCCCCAACAGAAAGAGUGACAUCCACAAAGGAAUGGAAGAUACCUUAAACAAAGGAAGUGUCAUCCCCAACAGAAAGAGUGACAUCCACAAAGGAGUGGAAGAUACCUUUAACAGAGGAAGUGUCAUCCCCAACAGAAAGAGAGACAUCCACAAACGAUUGGAAGAUACCUUUAACAGAGGAAGUGUCAUCCCCAACAGAAAGAGUGACAUCCACAAAGGAGUGGAAGAUACCUUUAACAGAGGAAGUGUCAUCCCCAACAGAAAGAGAGACAUCCACAAACGAUUGGAAGAUACCUUUAACAGAGGAAGUGUCAUCCCCAACAGAAAGAGUGACAUCCACAAACGAUUGGAAGAUACCUUUAACAGAGGAAGUGUCAUCCCCAACAGAAAGAGUGACAUCCACAAAGGAGUGGAAGAUACCUUUAACAGAGGAAGUGUCAUCCCCAACAGAAAGAGAGACAUCCACAAACGAUUGGAAGAUACCUUUAACAGAGGAAGUGUCAUCCCCAACAGAAAGAGAGACAUCCACAAAGGAAUAAAAGAUACCUUUAGAAUGGGAGCUAACCAUAAAACAUUGAGUGACAUCUUCAAUAGAAUAAGUGCCAUCCCGAAUAGAAUGAGUGACUCAAACAUCGAAUUUAGUGAUAGCCACGACAGAAUGAGUGCCAUCACCAAAAGAAUGAGCAUUAUUCCCCCCAAAACGAGUGCCAUUUACAACAGAUUGAGUAACAUUCUCAGCAGAAAGAGCGCCAUCCCCGACAAAACGAGUCCCAUUCACAAUAGAUUGAGUGAUAUAUCCAACCGAAAAGGCACCAUCCCCAAGAGGCUGAAUGCGAUCCCAAAAAGAAAGAUCUCCAAUCACAACAUAACGAGAACCAUCCCAAAUGGAAAGAGCGAAAUUCCCAAAAAAACGAGUUCAGUUAACCCCAACAGAACGGGCAUACAACCCAACAAAACGAAUCCCAAUCACUAUGGAGUGGCCAAUGGUUUCAACAGAACGAGUGUCAUCCCCAACAGAUUGAAUGCAAUCGUCAACAAAACGAGUGUCAAAAGCAACGGAACGAACUCAAACAAAACUAAUGACAUCGCAAAGAGAUUCUGUGAAAUCUUCAAGAAAAUGGGUGAAAUCCAGAACCAAAUAAGUGACAACUUCAACGCAACACAUGGCGUCACUAGUAUAUUGAUUUACCUUUUUAAUAGAAUGGAUAGAAUGAAUGUGGUCACCAACAAAACGAACACCAUCGCUAACAGAACGAGCGCUGUUAACAACAGAACGACUGCCAUCCGCAACAGAACAAGUGACAUGACAAACGGAACAAGUGACAUCCCCAAUAUCUUCAACAGAAUGAGUGACAUCUCAAACAUAACAAGUGAGGUGACCAACAGAACGAGCGACAUUAACAAUAUAACAGGUGAUAUGGCCAACAUGACAAGUGACAUGACCAACAGAACAAGUGAUUUCACCAAUGGCACAAGUGACAUGAUAAACAGCACAAGCAGAGAAAACAUAACCGACCAUUCGUCUGCAACUUCAUCUUCUUCUUCUCCUGCAAAAUAUAUUAGUAUUUCACACAUUGUUGAAGAAGUCCAUAAACUUAUCAAAUUAACAGGGUUUGAUCUAUCGAAUCUUCGUCUGCUGUACAUUGCCCCAGCAAUACUGAUGAUCGUGGCGGCCAUCUUUACGAUAUUGUGUUUCCCAGUACUAAGUAAGAUACCGACCACAAUAGUUACUCCGAUUGAAGUCAACACGUCCUUCCGCAUAAAAGUAUGCUACUUUGUCUUCCUGUAUUUCAGUGUAGGCUACGUCAAUUUCUACUUUUUUCAAGGACUGGAGGCCUCAUUUGGAGGACAGGGGUUGACAUUCGUGCAGUUAGCAGCCGGUUGGACUCGAGUGCAAGGUUUGGGUUUAAUGUUGGCAUUUUGGAGCGCCAAUGCGUCCGCUUGCUUUGGGGCGGUCAUAUUGGUAAAGUUCCUUUCAGCAACGACUAUCAAUAUUACCGGGCUUCUUCUAAUGGGUUGUGGUACCAUCGAAAUCAUUUACGGCGCAGCUUAUACUGUAGUCUUCCUAGCUGGGGUUUGUCAGUUAGGAAUAGGUCUCGGAUUAUUCAACACCUGUAUCAUCGUGUGGGCAGACUAUUACACCCGUAUGGACCCACGAUACGUCUCGACAUGGGUGGGGUUACUUUCAGUCGGGGAGAUUUUUCUGCCGGGCGCAAUCGGUUUUUUCUUUGAGGCAUACUCUCCUUUAAUGUUUCAAUUUCUCAUCGUUGCCAUCAUAUUUAACGCUGUCGGUUAUGCAUUUAUAGAAUUGGUGGGAUGCGUCAAUAGCCCAACUACCCCAAUUUGGCAGCACAUCGGUCUCCGAGAAUUCCCGACAAACUAAGCCAGACGUUCGCCGGUCUGUCCUAUAGCCACAGCUUGAAGCCAACACUGCGCGAUAGGCUAAUGCGGUCAUUCCCAGGAAAAAAACAUUUACUGUAAACGGGCCACUUUUAAGACAAUUUUAUCUAGAGGCUGAUAAAUGUAGAUUCCAUUAGCCAUGUGCAAUAUAGUGAGGUAACUGGCAUUUCUACAUGGGAACGUAACACUAAAUUGAUAUCGGUUAAUCAUGUGCCCUGUUGGUACAUGUACAUGUAUAUCCCAAAGCCGAAUUUACAGUAAUCAAGCAUUUUUGAUGAACCAACUGUAUGGAAGAAAGGUACUGUAUAGGACGGAUAAAAGGCCUCUGAUUUACCCAACAUGGUUUUAGUUAUCGAUAUUUUUUUGAUUCUAAACUAUAACAAUGUAACUGCAAUGCGGACCAGACACUGACGUGAGUACAUGUAUUUGCAUAUGACGUGUAAUUUCCUCGAAAAGAGUAAAACCGACAUCACUAUUUGAUCCUACUAAUUUUUUUGCCAUAAUUUUGUUUGAAGCAAUUACAACUGGGAAGGAAGAUAAACGCAAGAUCGCUAUAAACAAUAUCAAGAUAAUUUCUUUUAUUUACAGAUACAAUACUAUGCACAUAAAGUGGUCUAAAACGACUAGCUGUACAAGAUACAAGAGUCUCUUUUAGGAAAAGGGCUGAGAUCCUAAUCGCUUAUCAAAACCAAUAUGAUUACUUACGAUACCGGUAUAUAUGCACAUCACAUGUGCAUUUGCGAACAGA